AUGGCAACGGGAGCAAUUUCAACUACUUUAGAGACAAACAUUGCCGACACCAAUGUAACAACAGUGACUGUUGCCUCAACAAGAGCAGUAACAACAACUGAAGUGACAACACUGCCAGAAGGAAGAACUGGUGCUGAAACAGCGGACUCUGGUGGGAAAACACCAACUGUUUCCAUAUCAGCAGAAACAUCAACGGUUGCCUCAGUAACAGAGUCUACAAACACUGCAGAGACAACACCUGAAGAAACCACAACGGUUGCCAUAACAACAGAGUUCACAAAAACUCCACAGACAACACCUGAGGAAACAACAGCAGUCGCAACAACAACAGAUUCUACGACACCUGAAGAGACAACAAAUGUUUCCACAACAACUGAAUUCACAACGACUGCAGAGGAAACACCUGAUGAAACAACAACAGAUUCUACAACACCUGCAGAAACAACUGAAGAAACCACAAAUGUUGCCACAACAACUGAGUCCACAACAGGGGCAGAGACAACAACAGAGUCCACAACAAGUGGAGAGACAACACCUGAAGAAACCGCAACAUUUGCCAUAACAACAGAUUCUACGACACCUGAAGAGGCAACAACUGAAGAAACUACAAAUGUUUCCACAACAACUGAAUUCACAACGACUGCAGAGGAAACACCUGAUGAAACCACAACAGUUGUAACAACAACAGAUUCUACACCUGCAGAAACAACUGAAGAAACCACAAAUGUUGCCACAACAACUGAGUCCACAACAAGUGGAGAGACAACACCUGAAGAAACCGCAACAUUUGCCAUAACAACAGAUUCUACGACACCUGAAGAGGCAACAACUGAAGAAACCACAAAUGUUUCCACAACAACUGAAUUCACAACGACUGCAGAGGAAACACCUGAUGAAACCACAACAGUUUCUACAACACCUGCAGAGACAACUAAAGAAACCACAAAUGUUGCCAAAACAACUGAGUCCACAACAAGUGGAGAGACAACACCUGAAGAAACCACAACAUUUGCCAUAACAACAGAGUUCAAAACAACUGCAGAGACAACACGUGAAGAAACCAAAACAGUUGUAACAACAGCAGAUUCUACGACACCUUCAGAGAGAACAACAGACUUCACAACAACUGCAGACACAAAUCCUGAAGAAACAACAACAGUUGUAACAACAACAGAUUCUACAACACCUGCAGAGACAACUGAAGAAACCACAAAUGUUGCCACAACAACUGAGUCCACAAGUGGAGAGACAACACCUAAAGAAACCACAACAGUUGCCAUAACAACAGACUUCACAACUACUGCAGAGACAACUCCUGAAGAAACCACAAAUGUUGCCAUAACAACGGAGUUCAAAACAACUGCAGAGACAACACCUGAAGAGACUACAAUGGAUGUAACAACAGAUUCUACGACACCUGCAGAGACAACACCUGAAGAAACCGCAACAUUUGCCAUAACAACAGAUUCUACGACACCUGAAGAGGCAACAACUGAAGAAACCACAAAUGUUUCCACAACAACUGAAUUCACAACGACUGCAGAGGAAACACCUGAUGAAACCACAACAGUUGUAACAACAACAGAUUCUACAACACCUGCAGAGACAACUAAAGAAACCACAAAUCUUGCUACAACAACUGAGUCCACAACAAGAUCAGACACAACUCCUGAAGAAACCACAAGAGUUGCCAUAACAGACUUCACAACAACUGCAGAGACAGUACCUGAAGAAACCGCAACAGUUGUAACAACAGCAGAUUCUACAACUCCUGCAGAUACACCUGAAGAAACCACAACAAUUGCCAUAAUAACAGAGUUCAAAACAACUACAGAGACUACACGUGCAGAAACCACAACAGUUGUAAAAACAACAGAUUCUACAACACCUGCAGAGACAACUGAAGGAACUACAACAGUUGCCAUAACCACAGAGUUCAUUACAACUACAGAGGCAACACCUGAAGAAACAACAACAGUUGCAACAACAACAGAUUCUACGACACCUGCAGAGACAACAACUGAAGGAACCGAAGAUGCUGCAACGACAGCUGAGUUCACAACAAAUGGUGAGACAACUCCUGAAGAAAUCACAACAGCUGCAACAACAACUGAGUCCACAACAAGGGUGGAGACAACACCUGAAAGAUCCACAACAGUUGAAACAACAUCACAUUCAACGGCACCUGCAAAGACAACAACUGAAGGAACCACAUAUGUUGCUACAACAACUGAGUCCACAACAAGGGCAGAGACAACACCUGAAGACACCACAGCAGUUGAAACAACAACACAGUUCACAACAACUGCAAAGACAACACCUGAAGAUACUACAACAAUUGCAACUACAACUGAAUCCACAACAAAGAUAGAGACAACACCUGAAGGAACCACAACAGUUGAAUCAACAACAGAGUUCACAACAACUGCAGAGGCAACACCUGAAGAAACCACAACAGUUGCAACAAAAACACAUUCUACGACACCUGCAGAGACAACAAAUGUUGCUACAACAACUGUGUCCACAACAAGGGCAGAGACAACAUUUGGUGAAACCACAACAGUUGCCAUAACAACAGAUUCUACGGCACCUACAGAGACAACACCUGAAGAAACCACAACAAUUGCCAUAACAACAGAGUUCACAACAACUGCAGAGACAACACCUGAAGGAACCGCAACAGUUGCAACAACAACACAUAUUACAACACCUACAAAGACAACCACUGAAGAAACCACAAAUGUUGCUGCAACAACUGAGUCCACAACAAGGGCACAAACAACACCUGAAGAAACCACAUUUGCCAUAACAACAGAGUUCACAACAACUGCAGAGACAACACCUGAAGAAACCACAACAGUUGCAAGAACAACACAUUCUACGACAACUGCAAAGACAACAACUGAAGAAACCACAAAUUUUGCUGCAACAACUGAGUCCACAACAAGGGCAGAGACAACACCUGAAGAAACCACAACAUUUGCCAUAACCACAGAGUUCACAACAACUGCAGAGACAACACCUAGAGAAACCACACCAGUUGCAACAACAACACAUUCUACGACACUUGCAAAGACAACAGCUGAAGAAACCACAACAGUUGAAACAACAACAGAGUUCACAACAAAGGCAGAGACAACACCUAAAGAAACCACAACAGUUGCAACAACAGAUUCUACGACAUCUGCAGAGACAACUACUGUAGUAACCACAAAUGUUGCUACAAAAACUGAGUCCACAACAAGGGCAGAGACAACACCUGAGGAAACCACAACAGUUGCCAUAACAACAGAUUCUACAGUGCCUGCAGAGACAACACCAGAAGAAACCACAACAUUUGCCAUAACAAAAGAGUUCACCACGAUUUUGGAGACAACACCUAAAGAGACCACAACAGUUGAAAGAACAACACAGUUCACAACAACUGCAAAGACGACAUCUGAAUAUACCACAACAAUUACAACAACAACUGAGUCCACAACAAGGGCGGAGACAACACCUGAAGGAACCACAAAUGUUGCUCCAACAACUGUGUCCACAACCAGGGCCGAGACAACAUUUGAUGAAACCACAACAGAUGCCAUAACAACAGAUUCUACGGCACCUACGGAGACAACACCUGAAGAACCCACAACAGUUGAAACAACAACAGAGUUCACAACAACUCCUGAAGAAACCACAACAGUUGCAACAACAACACACUCUACGACAACUGCAGAGACAACACCUGAAGAAACCACAACAGUUGCAAUAACUGAGUCCACAACAAUUUCGGAGACAACACCUGAAAAAACCACAACAGUUGAAAUAACAGAUUCUUCGAUGGCUGCAGAGACAACAACUGAAGUAACAACAACUAUCGAGACAACAACAGAUUUUAUGACAACUGUUGAUUCAAAAGAAUUUUCAACAACUGCUGAAACAACACCUUUCGAAAUAACAAAAACAACAAAUGUUGCGGCACCAGACUCUACCGAAACAAUAACCAAACGAGCAACUUUCCGAUCCCUCACAAGCAUCUUUACAGAUGCAUUGUUGGACUCCAACUCUGCAGCUUUUCUAAACAGAGCAGCAAUGCUCAAGGGAGAACUCGAGCCAAUAUUCCGGACAGAAUUUUCAUCUUUCAGGUUCUUGAUAAUCAUUGAAUUUCGAAGUGGCUCAGUUGUCAAUGUCGUGGAUCUUGAGUUCAACGUGACAUCCGCACCAAACAACCACCAAGUUGCAACUGUGUUGUCUGACGCGGCAACAACCGUAAGUGGCUUUGACGUGGAAACUAGCUCCAUCACCGUUGAGUCAACAACCACAGACUCAACAACAACACAAUCUGCUGCAACAGCAUCCACUGAAUUGACACCAAUAGAGCAAACAACUAAUAAGGCAACUACAGCUAAAACAGCACCUGAUGAAACGACAACGAUUGCCACAACAACAACAGAAUUUACAACAGCUACAGAGACAACACCGGAACAAACUAAAACUAUUUCCACAACAACAGAGUCUAUAAACACUGCAGGAACAACACCUGAAGAAACAACAGUCGUUUCCACGUCAACAGACACGAAAACAACUGCAGCAAGAACACCUGAGGAAAGGACAACUCUUGCCAAAACAACAUCUGAAGAAACCACAACAGUUGCAACAACAACAGAUUCAACGACACCUGCAGAGACAUCAACUGAAGAAACCACAAAUGUUGCAACGACAGUUGAGUCCACAACAAAUGCAGAGACAACUCCUGAGGAAAUCACAACAGUUGCUAUAACAACAGAGUUCACAACAAUUUCGGGUACAACAUCUAAAGGAGCAACAACAGUUGAAACAACAACAGAGUUCACAACAACUGCAGAGACAACACCUGAAAAACCCACAACAGUUGAAACAACAACAGAGUUCACAACAACUACUGAAGAAACCACAACAGUUGCAACAACAACACACUCUACGACACCUGCAGAUACAACAACUGAAGAAACUACAAAUGUUGCUACAACAACUGUGUCCACAACCACAGCAGAGACAACACCUGAGGAAAAAACAACCGCAUCCAAAACAACUGAGUCUGUAAUAACUGCAGGAACAACACCUGAAGAAACAACGGUAGCAACAACUGAGGAAACUACAACUAUUGCCACAUCAACAGAAUCUAUAACAACUCCAGGAACAACACCUGAAGAAACAACAGUAGUUGUCACGUCAACAGACACUAAAACAACUGCAACACCUGAGGAAACUACAACAAAGUUUACAACAACCGCAGAGACAACACCUGAAGAAACAACAACUGCAGGAACAACAACCAAAGAAGCAACAACCCCUGCCUCAACAACACCAUCUAAAACUAUAGAGACAACACCUGAAGAAACCACAACAGUUUCCAUGACAACAGAGUUCACAACAACUUCAGAGACAACACCGAGAGAAACCACAACAGUUGCAACAACAACACAUUCAACAACACCUGCAAAGACAACAACUGAAGAAACCACAAAUGUUGCUACAACAACCGAGUCCAAAACAAGGGCAGAGACAACACCUGAAGACACCACAACAUUUGCCAUCACAACAGAGUUCACCACAAUUUUGGAGACAACACCUAAAGAGACCACAGCAGUUGAAACAACAACACAGUUCACAACAACUGCAAAGACAACACCUGAAGAUACCACAACAAUUGCAACAACAACUGAUUCCACAACAAGGGCGGAGACAACACCUGAAGGAACCACAACAGUUGAAACAACAAAAGAGUUCACAACAACUGCAAAGAUAACAACUGAAGAAACCACAAAUGUUACUACAACAACUCUGUCCACAACAUGGGCGGAGACAACAUUUGGUGAAACCACAACAGUUGCACUAACAACAGAUUCUACGGCACCUUCAAAGACAACAACUGAAGAAACCACAAAUGUUGCAACAACAACAGAUUCUACGACACCUGCAGAGACAACAACUGAAGAAAUCACAACAUUUGCCAUAACAAAAGAGUUCACCACGAUUUUGGAGACAACACCUAAACAGACCACAACAGUUGAAAGAACAACACAGUUCACAACAACUGCAAAGACGACACCUGAAGAUACCACAACAAUUGCAACAACAACUGAGUCUACAACAAGGGUGGAGACAACACCUGAAGAAACCAAAAUAGUUGAAACAACAACACAUUCUACGACACCUGCAGAGACAACAACUGAAGAAACUACAAAUGUUGCUACAACAACUGUGUCCACAACAAGGGCAGAGAUGACACCUGAGGAAACAACAACCGCAUCCAAAACAACUGAAGUUUACAACAACCGCAGAGACAACACCUGGAGAAACCACAACCGUUUCCACAACAACAGAUUCUACAACAACUGCAGGAACGACAACUGGUGCCUCAACAACAGCAUCUAA